AUGGGGCCUUCUCAGCUUGUCCGUGCCCCUCGGCCCCGGGGCCUGAGUUCCCCUUACCGUAGGCCAGGUAUGGGUUGGCCCCGUCCCCGGAUUCCCAGUAUGUUCAAGUGUAGCCGAAGAAGGUACCGGCAGAAACCUCAAGGCCCAGCUGCCACCAAUCUUCCCACCAUGACCACAGAAAUCAGCAACACCCAUACUGCUACCACCAGUGUGUGGAUCCUCUCACCUCAAGUUCUCAGACACCUCUGUCAACCUGGGAGCUUUCUGAUCCUUUAGAAAUGCCCAGAAGCUUGGCUUACUCUGGAC